UGGCGGCUGGGCGGGCGGCGGCAUGGGGCGGAGGGCGCAGCCCGGGAGGCAGCCGGCCCCGCCGCCCCGGCAGCCGGCUCCCUGAGGUUUCUCGGCCCUCCGCUGGAGAUGAACCCAGGAAGUAAUGUGAAGGGCCAUGUGAAUCUCUGUCAUAGCAGAAAUUUUCUAAAAGACUGCUUUACCUAGCUGAGCUUGGCAAAGCAAGGAUAUGAACAAUUAUGCAGGUGGGCUACUCAGGGGGAGUGAAGAUAUAAGGCAUCCAAACAGGUAUUGGCAACCUGCAGCACUGUAAAAAUGCCCCUCCAACAGAUUUCUGUAGUUCCAGCACGGGAGACUGCCAGCAAUGGGAGAAGUUCAAUGGGCAGAAACAAAGAGAAGAGCAAGGAAGUCGAGAAUGACAAAUCCCCAGGGCGUUCCACAAGUCGGUCAAGUAACAUUUCAAAGGCAAGCAGUCCUACUACAGGAACAGCUCCCAGGAGUCAGUCACGGUUGUCUGUCUGCCCUUCCACUCAAGACAUUUGUAGAUCUUCUGCUUUGCAUGAUUUGUCAGAAGAUGAGCUUGAACAUGCAACCCCUGUCAUGGUGCUGACUCCUUCUAAUAGGGAGUCUGGUAAGAAACAAGUAAAACGAAGGUUUAGGCGGAAAAGAGAGACUGGAGACAAUGGUGAGCAUACAGAAAAACAAGGAAAGGGGAAAGACUGUAAAUUGCAUCCUGAGCCUGCAAGAUCCAGCUGGAAUGCAUCUGAUACAUCAUCUUCUUCAGACGAGAGUCAGUGGGCUCAGGCUAGAAGGAGAGCAAGAGAAAAGGCCAGAAUGACCAGGAGAGGGAGAAGGAACAAUAGAUCAUGCAGUAACCAGGAUGGGUCCUCGAACAAUAAUGCAUUUGAACUUGUCAGCUUGGGAACAAUGGGGAAAAAGAAACAAGACGUGUCAGACCCUGAGAAUCCUACUUUAAAUCACCGCCAAAGGAGGGUUCCAAGGCUUAAGGAAUCACAGUCUUCAGCGUCAUCUCCGGAAGCAAGGAUUUCCUCAAGAAAAUGUGGGAAAAGCAAAGGAAAAAGCUGCUAUGGAGAUCGGCAGCCUGCAUCUUUCCUUAGACACAAUAAAGAUUCAAAGGACUGCUUUGCAGAGGCAGGUUCUGGCAGUGAUGCUCUGUCAGCCCCAGAUAAAGGAGCACCUGCUGGGGCAGGGCCCAGUAUGUCUGAUGCUGUUCAGAAGCCUCCAGUGUUGUAUGAUGACUUGUCUGAUGAUUUAGAAGUAUGCAGGAUCUGUCACUGUGAGGGAGAUGAUGAAAGUCCCCUCAUCACACCAUGUCGCUGCACAGGGACUCUGCGCUUUGUUCAUCAGGCCUGCCUGCACCAGUGGAUUAAGAGCUCCGACACGCGCUGCUGUGAACUCUGCAAGUAUGACUUCAUAAUGGAGACCAAGCUCAAACCUCUUCGGAAGUGGGAGAAACUACAGAUGACAACAAGCGAGAGGAGGAAAAUAGUUUGUUCAGUCACAUUCCAUGUAAUUGCAAUUACCUGUGUUGUUUGGUCAUUGUAUGUUUUAAUUGAUAGAACAGCUGAGGAAAUUAAACAAGGCAAUGAUAAUGGUGUCCUUGAAUGGCCAUUUUGGACAAAACUCGUUGUGGUGGCUAUUGGAUUCACAGGGGGCCUGGUCUUCAUGUAUGUGCAGUGUAAGGUUUAUGUUCAGCUGUGGCGCAGGUUGAAAGCAUACAACAGAGUGAUCUUUGUACAGAACUGCCCAGACACUGCCAAAAAAUUGGAGGAGAAGAAUUCUUCGUGCACUCAGACCUCAGACAUCAAGGACACAGUGGUGGUGCCAGUAACACAGACGGGUACAAACUCUCAGCUGGUAGCUGAAGAAACAACAUCUGAAGUCAUGCCAGUUUGACAGAGACAGCAUUGUUUCUUCCUUGCAGAGUAAGGUAUAGUGUUUUCUACACUACAAAUGCUAAAAGAGUAGAAAUGACUGUACAUUUUUUCAGUUAUAAAAACAAAAAACCCCCCACAAAACCCUACAAGGAAAAUGGAUACAGCAAAGCAACUUGUUACUGUAUGAAAUGUGACUGUUUGUGAAGUAGUUGAUCAACUAGUCAGGCAAGUGUAGUGAAAGUGGAAAUGUAGAAAGUGCAAUAGAGAACAAGUUUAACAUACAAUGCCAAACCAAUGUGACAAGAGUAAUUUUAUUUUUUUUAAUUGGAUUGCUGGGAAAGUAAAAACAGACCCGAUAUAAUCCAUUUUGUUUACAGAAAACAAAAACCUUUCAUCUAUUUACUAGUGAAAGAUCUAUUUGCUACUUACCUUCUUAAAGAUACCCUUCCAAAGGGUACCAAUCGAGUUACAAGCAUUAACUGAACCCAAGUAUAAAGAGCUGUAUCACAGCGCUCCCUCUCUAUGCCUCACACAGCAGCACACGUUCAUGUGACUGCAGUGCAGCCUGAAUGUUUGGGCAGCUGUGUCAACCAAGGAUAUCUCAAACAUUUGAAGGGUAGCACUGUUUUUAAAUAUGCCUCAAUUUUUGUAAAGUAAGCAAUUCCAACCAGUAUGGAUACAUACGUCUCCAUAAACUACAGAUACUCUGUUUAGCUGCCAGCAAAGUAAGUAAGGAGAGUAUAUAGACAGGUAUCUAGAAGAGCAGCUCAACUGUUUAUUUUGCUUUGUAAGAGUGAGAGAUAUAAAUUGGAUAUGCAAACUUUUGAGGCAAAACUAUGAAAGAAAAAGCAGUUUACUGCAGACCACCAAAAAGUAAGCUGCAUUAUUGUCAAAGGUCUGCAAAAUGCUGACACACACAGAAGAUGGAAGCCAUUGUUGGUUUUAUUUUUUAAGAUUCAUGAUACAGAAAGGUAGAUGUAAGAGAAUAUACCUACAUAUCUUAAGAGAACAUUAGUUAUUAUCCCCUUGUUCUGAAAAGUUAGUCUUUAUCUUCCUGACUUAAAAAAAAAAAGAAUCAAUGGUUUCCCUCUGUACAGGUAAACUUGAGGUGUUAGAGAUUCAACAGUUCAGUUGUUAACUCUGUGUUUUGAGCAUUCUCACAUAAAAAUGAAGUGUGAAUAGCAUUAAAGGGUGCAAUAGAUAAAUGAAUGUAGAUAUAAUUCUGUGUCCAACAGGGUGAAUUACAUAUUAAUAACCAAUUUUGUGAUUUAUUUCUCAUACCUGUGAUGUUUACCAUCAGGACACAACAGCAAGUGUUGUCUUGGAGUAGCCAUGUACUGGCAUGGACAGGUCUGGGGCCUGACCAUUAUGUAUAUUUUAAAAAAAGUAAUGUUAAAAGUUCUUUUUAUGAUCUUGUAUUUAGGCAAAGGAGGAAAAGCAAACAAGCAAAUAAAGAACCAGGGUAAAGAGGAUGGCAGAGCACAGGUUCAUCCAAAGGGGGAAAUCUACCACAAUUACAGGUGAUCUAGACUUCUACAGAGUUUGUAAUGGUAAAUUUCCUCUGCAAACACUCAAAUAUCUACAAUUACAUAACAAUCAUCCCAUUCUUGCAAUAUCCAGGCUGCUGAGCUGAAUGUGUAUUGAAGUUUAUAUAUAUAUAUAUUGCAUUCCUUUGUGAAUGUGUUUACCAGCUUACAGCUCAGGGAAUACUGGAAGUAGCAGUAUUAGCACGAAAUGUGUCUUUUUAUCAGACUAAUAUGUUCUUUUGUAUUGAAAUUGCUCAUGUAAUGUGGCUGUGACUAAGUGAUUGUCAGCGGGCUAGACAGAACACAAUCUGUGCCUGAACAGGUCCUAAAUCCCUAUUAGUAAUUUGCUCUAACUUACUCCAGGUGAGUCAAUGCUUACGUCUUUUCAUAUGACAUGCACUUUUCAGAUAAAGUAACUUUCCAGUUAUACAACUGCAAAUUGGAAUUGUAUCUUCUCAUUUGAAAUGACAGGCAAGAGUAAUCAAAUAAUUUCUCUGUUUAUAAUUGUGGAGGAGACCUCAGGUGGUCUGCAGAAAGCAGGGGCAGUACCCAGGAAUGGGAAUGCUUUGUAACUGCACAUCUUUAAGGAAGUCUGCAAAGGCAUGGCUUUCGAAAAGUGCAAAUUUCUUGUUGAAAAGAAAACCUGGUAUCUGACAUGAGACACUUAAAAUUACUAGCUUCAUCUAAAUGUUUUAAAUUAUGUUUACAAUAAAACCUGAUGAAUCAUAGCAAAACUGACUGACAAGGAACAUUUUUAUAGAAGAUAAUUAAGAGCUUUUUGAAAUAAUCAGAAAGUUCCUUUUUAAGUGGCAGUAACCCUGCUUUUUUAGCUAUCUUUUUCUUUGACCAGCUGUAGCCUCAUAACCCUUCUGUGAAAGUACUGGAGACUAAUUCCUAUUGAUUUCUUGAACAAGUAUAAAAGUCAGUUAAAAAAACAAAACCAAAAACAUCUGGGGCUUCUGAAAGAUUUGUCACAUCCAUCAAAAUUAGAGUUGGCAACAGAACAGACAACUGCAAAAAUUCUGUACUAGCACCUUCUACUUCAAAACACUGUUUUAGCACAUAGCUACAUGUGUGCAUCUGAGCUUACAGUUAGUUAUCACAAUGGAGCAAGACUUCAGUUGAAAUUCACCCUCUCCCUCCAAAAUACUAAUUCGGACAGCAGGAAAAGGAGACAGACAGUGAGACAAGUUAGCAAGAGAUUACAGCAGGCUUGAAGCAAUCUUUAACCUUUUAAAGCAUUACAGUAUUAGCCUGUGCAUCCCUUUCCUCUUCUUAAGUGCACUGGAUAUUUUACGGCUUUCAGGAAUUUCACGUAGGAUUGGAACUUGUGUCCGAAGCAGGGUGCAACCUCUUUGAGACAGCAAGGAGCUGUUCACACCAACAUGCCUUGGAUACAGCGUGCACAAACAAGGUGCACAAAUACAGACACUAGGCAGCUGUUUAUCAAUCAACACUUUUUCAUCCCCACCCAAAGCACAAUUUUCUGUAUCAGUUUAAUAACUAUAGGAUUCAUUCCUGCGAAACCACUAUACUGACAGUUUUUAAAUAUAUUCAAAGACUUUUAAAUAAAAAAUGAUGUAUCAAAAAAAAAUCUGUAUCAAACUCCUUGUGUAGCCACCAAGCAACUCGGG